AUGAAUAUCAACAUCAAGUCUAUGCCCGAGCGUUCCGCUGGUCUCUCUCGUUCAUCAAAACCUGCCUCCGCCCCUCCUGCAAACGACUUCUUUAUGGGAGUCGGUUCCUUUCUCGAACCACUUGUCGUGGUGACCCUCCUUUUUGGAGGCGCCUACUUCAACCGCAGCAAGGACUACAACUUCUGGACCAACAAGUCAGGCUUCGCCAGCCUCAAGAGCUACAAGCGCUCUGAUGACCUACCGAAUCGAGACUCAACAGACAGCUUGAUGAGCGGAUGGAGUGGUUCGCGCUCACCAAGACUGGACUCUCAUAAGAAUACACAAUCGAGUCUGCGCCGUCGCAAGUUGCAAGUGUUUGGCUACAAGCGCAUCGUUUCUACACCAAACACUCAUGUAUUUGAGGAUCGUCUAUUAAGUCGACUUUUGAAGAAGUUGCCUUUCCUAGUUGAGUGCUGGUACUGGUUCCUCAUCUACUUCGUCUACCAGGUUGGUCGCGCAAUCACUGCGUUGACUCUCGAUGAGGGUACCGUCGACGUAGCCCGCCGACAUGCCCUACAGAUUAUCCACCUCGAACAGCGUCUUCAUAUCUUCUGGGAGGUUGACUUCCAGAAAUGGUUCCUCGCACGACCAACUAUUCUUCACUGGAUCAAUCGCAUCUAUUCCUUCAUCCAUAUUCCCGGCACGAUCAUGUUCCUCGUGAUGCUAUACUACUUCACAACCACCCGCCAUCGCCGUUAUGCCACUGGUCGCGUGCGCUCCGACAAUGUAACUGCUGGUCCUGCUCUUUAUGAAGCCCGUCGGCGAACUAUGGCCAUGUGUAAUUUGAUUGCGUUUAUCGUCUUCACAAGUUGGCCUUGUAUGCCGCCUCGACUUCUGAGUGACCCUGAGUAUAAGGGCCCUGAUGCUGAGGAAUCAAAGAGUUUUGGCUUUGUCGACACUGUUCACAGUGGCACUGGGGAGAGCAGCGUCUGGACCACAAACAAAUUCUGUAACCAAUAUGCUGCCAUGCCCUCGCUGCACUUCGGUUACUCUCUCCUCGUCGGUCUUACAGUCGCUACCAUCCCCGUCACCGGCCUCCGACCCUACUCAUUGAAGCGAUUCAUUAUCGUUGCUUUAGGACUGUCAUACCCAGCUCUGAUCUUGACUGCUAUUGUCGCUACAGCCAACCACUUCAUACUCGAUGCCGUAGCUGGUGCCAUGGUCUGCGCAAUUGCCUGGAACUGCAACGACUUCCUGCUCAAUUUCUGCAUUGUGGAAGACUACUUCCUGGCUUUGCUACGCCUUCACAAACCCGUGAACUGGACCGAUCCUGAGACGGCUGUCGAACCUGAGUUCCAGAGUGGUCUCAUGACUGAGGAUGUUUGA